CUUUUGGACGAAUCUGAAAACUCGCACCUUCCAAAAUACUUCGACAUGAAAAAAGGCUACUAGUACUAAUGAAGGUUUGUUUAGGUUACCAGUUUUUCCAUUUUAUAUUUUUAUUAUAAUUUAUAAGCUUCAAGAUUGAAAAUAUCGAUCUUCCCCAAAAUUCGAGGGAGAUUUUCAAAACUGGAGAAACCCAGAAAAAUUCUUGGCUAAAUGGAUGAAUUUUUUGACAGAGAAAUCGGAUGUAUUCACAUCAAUCAGAAUGAAUUUUCAUAUAGAAAGCAUAAAAGGCAGAAAGAGGAGGAUAUUGUUAUUUGUGAGUGUAAAUAUAAUCCCAGUGAUCCUGAGAGCGCUUGUGGUGAUGGAUGCCUGAAUGUACUAACUAGUACAGAGUGCACCCCUGGCUACUGCCCUUGUGGUGAUGUUUGUAAGAAUCAGAAAUUUCAAAAAUGUGAAUAUGCAAAAACCAGGUUAUUUAAAACAGAUGGUCGUGGAUGGGGUCUCCUAGCUGAUGAGGAAAUAACGGCUGGACAGUUCAUCAUUGAAUAUUGUGGUGAAGUAAUAUCAUGGAAAGAAGCUAAGAGAAGAGCUCAAGCUUAUGAGACGCGAGGUCUCAAGGAUGCAUACAUAAUCUCACUCAAUGCUUACGAAUCUAUCGAUGCAACUAGGAAGGGAAGCUUGGCUAGGUUCAUAAAUCAUUCAUGUCAUCCAAAUUGUGAGACAAGAAAGUGGACAGUAUUAGGCGAAAUAAGGGUUGGCAUAUUUGCGAAGCAGGAUAUAUCUGUUGGAACUGAACUGGCAUAUGAUUACAACUUUGAAUGGUUUGGUGGUGCAAAGGUUCGGUGCCUCUGUGGUGCAGCUAGUUGUUCUGGGUUUCUUGGAGCAAAAUCCCGUGGUUUCCAGGAAGACACAUAUCUGUGGGAAGAUGAUGAUGACAGAUACUCCAUUGAGAAAGUUCCUCUCUAUGACUCAGCUGAAGACGAGCCUUCACUGCAAACAGCUACAAGUACUAACUUCUCCAAGAUUGAUGGUAAGAAAUAUAUGAUGGAUGUUGGUCAUAAGAUUGAUUCUGGUGAAAUGAAUCUUGAUCUGCUUGCUUCUUUUCCAGCAAAUGGUCUUGCGUCUUCCAUCUGUCGGAAGUUCCCUCUAUCCAAGAAAAAACUAAAACGUGUGCCCAAGGGAAAAUCAAAAAUUGCGAACCAAAAGGAGUUGGAUGCUAAAUAUGUUGUCUCACUUUUAGAAGCAAAAGAAGCACAACAAGAGAUUCUGAUGUAUGAGGAAAUGAAAGACGAUGCCAGCUCCAAUCUUGAUUCCUUGUAUAAUGAGAUACGCCCUGCUAUUGAAGAACAUGAAAGAGACACUCAAGACAAUGUACCAACAAGUGUAGCAGAGAAAUGGAUAGACGCAAGCUGCUUGAAGUUAAAAUCUGAGUUUGAUCUGUAUUUCUCUAUCAUUAAGAAUGUUGUGUGCACUCCGAAGAAGUCUCGUGACGUCAAGCAACCUGGUAACGAUCUGGAUAAUGGGUUUAUGCUAUUGACUAAUCAAUGAUAUUGUACUGUUCUCUAUUCAAAAAAAAAAAAAAAUGAUAUUGUACUGUUCUAUAACUUGUACUUGUAGGCAACUAGGCACUCUCAUCUUACCUGUUAGAACUUAGAAGAGGCUAGAAAAAUGUACAUUCCAAGUUUACAAAGAUUCUUUCCCUGCA